ACAGCAAAUUUGGUUCAAAUUUGGCUGUUCUUUCCAACUAAGAACUGCUGAAGAAAAAAAUGGAGGUUCCAAAGGAUCAAAUCUCCACUCUUCUCGACCAAGGACUCUAUAGUUCAGCUCAAAUGCUGGGUUGCUUCCUUGUUUCAUCGCCAGCUGCUAAUGCAGAAUCGAGUCCUCACCUUAAGUCUGAGAGUUUGGUGCUUCUGGGGGAUGCAUUAUUUCGAGAAAGGGAGUAUCGAAGAGCAAUUCAUACUUACAAGCAAGCUAUGCAAUACUAUAAGAUUAUUCCUAAACAAAAUUCAACUACUACUAGAAGUUCUUUGCAGUCAAACAGGUCCUCUUCUCCCAAUUCUUUUAACGUAUCGGCCAUUAAUGAAAAUGAGGUGAAGUUCAAAAUUGCGUCGUGUUAUUGUGCAUUAAGUGAUAACAGAGCUGCCCUUGUAGAGAUGGAGGGGAUUCCAAGUAAAGCAAGAAACUUGCAAAUGAUUCUUUUGAUGGGAAAGCUUUACAGAUAUGCGAGACAUAACCGUGCUGCUAUUGCAUAUUACAAGGAGUGCUUAAGACAUUGCCCUUAUGUGUUUGAAGCUAUUAUAGCUUUAGCAGAACUUGGUGUUGCUGCCAAAGAUAUCAUUUCUUUGUUCCCUCAGACUCCAAUUAGAAGUGGCAAAACUCCUUUUGAUCACUUCGAUUCAAAUCGCUGGCUGCUACGCUAUGUUGAGGCCCAGUGUUGCAUUGCUUCCAAUGAUUACAAAGGUGGUUUGGAGCUGUUUCAGGACUUGUUGCAACGUUUUCCCAAUAAUAUUCACCUGUUACUUGAAAUUGCAAAGGUUGAAGCUGUCAUAGGAAAAAACGACGAGGCCAUCAUAAAUUUUGAGAAGGCACGAUCAAUCGAUCCAUAUCUUAUAACAUAUAUGGAUGAAUAUGCAAUGAUUCUCAAGAAAAAGUGUGAUUAUUCAAUGCUAAACAAGUUAGUCCAUGACUUGUUAAAUAUUGAUCCUACAAGACCAGAAGUUUUUGUGGCUCUGUCUGUAUUGUGGGAAACGAAAGAUGAGAGGGGAGCUUUGACUUAUGCUGAAAAGAGCAUCCGAACUGAUGAAAGGCAUAUAGCGGGUUUCAUCAUGAAGGGAAACCUUUUAUUAGCUAUGAAGCAGCCGGAAGUAGCUGUUAGUGCUUUCAGGAAUGCUCAAGAAUUGAGACCUGAUAUUCGUUCAUAUCAAGGCUUGGUCCAUUCCUAUCUGGCUCUGUCGAAAAUGAAAGAGGCAUUAUAUGCUGCUCGGGAGGCAAUGAAAGCGAUGCCUCAAUCAGCAAAGGCUCUGAAACUAGUUGGAGAUGUACAUGCUAGUAACUCAGGUGGUAGAGAGAAGGCCAAGAAGUUUUAUGAGUCAGCCCUUAGGCUCGAACCCGGUUACCUCGGAGCGGCAUUAGCUUUGGCAGAGCUCCAUGUUAUUGAAGGCCGAAACGGGGAUGCUGUGUCCUUACUGGAGAGGUAUCUUAAGGACUGGGCUGAUGAUUCUCUUCACGUAAAACUAGCUCAAGUAUUUGCCGCCACAAAUAUGUUGCAAGAGGCUUUAUCUCACUAUCAAGCUGCAUUAAGGAUGAAUCCCCAGAACGAAGCUGCCAAAAAAGGUCUAGAGCGCUUAGAGAAACAAAUGAAGGGAGUAGAUCCUGAUGCACCUGACGAUGAUGAAGACAACGAGGUCGAUGAUGCCGAAGGAGACCAAGAAGAAACUGAACUUUUAUAAGUAACAAUUCAAUCCACAAUGUUUACUUUUACAAGAAACGAUUUCGACAACGGCCCUCCAAUUCUUCUUUGAAGAGUAAAUAGUAACUCGUACGUUUCUCGAGUUGUUAUGUUCAAAUUGUAUCCUGAAGUCACAGCCAUUUGGGUAAAUCUCUUCCACUUGCUGAUAGAGAGUUACAUUGUCAAGUUCGAACAAAAGAUGUCGAUAUUGUCGAAGCAUUCCAAUUGAGUGGCUGCAGAAGAGUCAUUUUUGUACCGAGAUGAUUCCAUGACUUCACGGUAUGUAUUUAUCUUACCUAAUGAAGUGACAAAUGAAGAGAGGUACUCUUUCUUGUAACUUAUGUACACAAUAAUUGUCUGUAUUCCUGUAGAAACCUGUGUAUACAUUUGUGUAACUUAUGAUAUCAUUUUUGUGUCAAGACAGAAGCCUUUAUGGUCACCGAACUUCAUUUUCAGUUGCUUUAUUAAUGGAUUUCAGUGCUACUUGGUCAUA